CCAAAACAACCCUUAAACCGGAAGAGGCUUCCCCCACCUUUCUCCAUCCUUCCUGGGGGCGAUAGUGUACCAAUGCACUUGGGAGACCAAUUGUCAAUGAACCUUGAGUCACAUUGGAAGCAUCCAGUCUCUUUAAAGUAUGAAGAGAACCCAUCUCUAGUGAAUGAAAUAUGGCGGAUAAAAGAAAACUACAGGGCGAGAUUGAUCGAUGUUUAAAAAAGGUUUCAGAAGGAGUGGAGCAAUUUGAAGACAUUUGGCAGAAGCUUCACAAUGCAGCUAAUGCAAAUCAGAAAGAAAAAUAUGAAGCAGACUUAAAAAAGGAGAUUAAAAAGCUAAAGAGAUUGCGGGACCAAAUUAAAACAUGGGUGGCAUCAAAUGAAAUAAAAGACAAAAGGUAGCUUAUUGAUAACCGAAAACUCAUAGAAACGCAAAUGGAAAGGUUCAAAGUUGUAGAGCGAGAGACAAAGACAAAAGCAUACUCCAAGGAAGGGCUUGGUCUGGCCCAAAAGGUUGAUCCAGCUCAGAAGGAGAAAGAAGAUGUUGGCCAGUGGUUAACGAACACGAUAGACUCACUUAACAUGGGAGUGGAUCAGUUUGAAAGUGAGGUAGAGUCUUUGUCGGUACAAACAAGAAAGAAGAAAGGCAACAAGGAUCAGAAGCAAGACCGGAUCGAGGGACUGAAACGGCACAUAGAGAAACAUAGGUACCAUAUCCGAAUGCUGGAAACUAUUUUACGAAUGUUAGAUAAUGACUCUAUCAAUGUGGAUUCAAUACGGAAGAUUAAAGAUGAUGUAGAGUAUUAUGUGGACUCCUCGCAGGAUCCCGAUUUUGAGGAAAAUGAGUUCCUGUAUGAUGACCUUGAUUUAGAAGACAUUCCACAGGCGCUGGUAGCUACGUCCCCACCAACUCACAGUCACAUGGAGGAUGAGAUUUUUAACCAAUCUAGCAGCACUCCCACCUCAACUACAUCAAGCUCCCCUAUUCCACCCAGUCCAGCCAACUGGACCAACUGUACAACCGAAAAUUCAGAAGAUAAGAAAAUCCGAGGCAGGUCCACAGACAGUGAAGUUAGUCAGUCGCCAGCAAAGAACGGUUCUAAAAGUGUUCAGACUCCAAGUUACCAAAUAGGAAGUUGUUCCAGCACAUCAUCUCUAGGAAAUGGUCCGGGUUCAAACAUCAAUGGUGCAGUGUCCAGCAGUAGCAGCACGAGUAGCAAUAGCAGCAGCAGCAAAAGCAACCCAGCUGGUGGGCACACGCCUGGCACUCUUACACCAUACGCACAGGCAGUGGCUCCUCCCCCAUCCAACACAAAUACAUCCCAACCGAGGCCACCCAGUGCUGGCAAAACACAAGCAAAAUGGAGCAACAACACAAGCAAGCAAAAUGGAGCAACAAGUUACAGCUCUGUUGUAGCGGACAAUCUAGCAAGCAAAAUGGAGCAACAAGUUACAGCUCUGUUGUUGCGGACAACAUCUGUGGUUCACAACCCACCCACUAGCACCGCGAAGGAAACCAGCAGUGCCUCCCAGCCAGCCAGCAGUAGUAGUGCAAGCAUUGGAUCCAGUUUAUUAAUAAUUUCUCCUAGCUCACCCACACCGAGCUUCAGUGAUCCAAAACCCAGGCUACUCAACGGACCACCUCAAUUCACCUCUACACCAGAGAUUAAGCCACUAGAGCCAUUAAGCACGCUGGAAUCCAUGGCAGAACGAGCAGCUAUUGGGUCAAGCUUAGAAGAUCCAGUCCCCAACAUUCUGGCGGAACGUGAAAUUCUAAUCACUACAACCACAACACAGCCCCAUGCCAGUCAGCUUCCAACGCAGCUCUCUGAAGGGAACAUCCCCCUGUCAUUGGCUGUGUGUCCUUUGGGUCCUGUUCCCCUCACUACAGAUCAGCUUUACCAGCAAGCAAUGGAAGAAGCAGCAUGGCAUCAUAUGCCCCAUCCGUGUGACUCUGAAAGAAUACGGCAGUACCUCCCACGAAAUCCAUGCCCAACACCCCCAUAUCAUCAUCAGAUGCCCCCUCCUCAUUGGGACACAGUAGAAUUCUAUCAGCGUCUUUCCACAGAGACCUUAUUCUUUAUCUUCUACUAUUUGGAGGGUACACAAGCACAGUAUUUAGCAGCCAAAGCGCUGAAGAAACAGUGCUGGAGGUUUCACACCAAAUAUAUGAUGUGGUUUCAGAGACAUGAAGAGCCCAAAACCAUUACAGAUGAAUUUGAGCAGGGCACAUACAUUUACUUUGACUAUGAGAAAUGGUGCCAGAGGAAGAAAGAAGGAUUCACAUUUGAAUACCGCUAUCUGGAGGAUCGUGACUUACAAUGACCUGUUUAACACUUCAGCCUUCCAGUUUCAUGCAGGCGAACAGCAAC